AUGGGCCUCAAAUGGACACAACUAAAAGAGAGACUACAGGUGCCCAUUGACAAAGAUUCUUACUAUGAAAACACAACAUGGUGCAACCGGGAUCUUAUCCCGAUGCCUUCAGAAAGGCGGACAUGGGGUAUAUGGGGCUACUUCGGCUAUUGGACCGUCUCGGGGUCCUGUAUCUCUGCAUGGUCGACAGGAAGCACUUUGCUCGCGUUUGGUCUGAGCCCACCGCAGGCUAUUGGAGUUGUGAUUGUCGGAGGACUUCUUACAGGCCUUCUUGCCGUGGCAUGUGGUUGGAUGGGAGAGAAUCACCACAUUGGCUUCACGGUUUCCUCUCGCUUCUCAUGGGGAAUGAGAGGGAGCUACUUCCCAGUAGUAUUGCGAGUAUUUGUUGCUUGCAUUUGGUUUGGCCUUCAAGCCUACUGGGGAGGACAAGCGACCAGAGUGCUUUGGGGUGCCAUUAUCCCCGGUUUUGCACAUAUGAGGAACUAUUUCUCUGAGAGCUCUCAUCUGUUAACGAACGAUUUCAUUGGCUUGAUUAUCUGGAUGUGUGCUUUCAUCCCGCUGGUCUUAGUUCCACCUGAGCGACUCCAAGUGCCCUUCGCCAUUUCAUUCGUCCUCUUUGGAAGCUCUUGUAUAGGUAUCCUGAUAUGGGCUGUACAUAACGCUGGCGGACCUGGAACUAUGUUCCACGAGCCUGGAGAUACGGAGAAUGUUGGUUGGGCAUUUAUGUUCGGCAUCACAGCGAUCCUGGGCGCAUGGGGUGCUGGAACUCUUGGUCAAUCCGAUUGGACUCGUUACGCCAAUCGCAAGUUUGCGCCGACUUUGUCACAAUUGGUUGCGGCGCCGAUCACUAUUUCUGUCACUGCAAUCAUAGGUAUCAUUGUCACAAGCGCUGCAAAGGAUGUCUUAGGUGACAUUAUCUGGAAUCCAAUUUACUUGCUCGCAGACCUGCAAGAGGAAUACCAUUCAAGCCCCCGAUCUCGCGCUGGAGUGUUUUUUGCAAGCUUGGGGCUUGUCAGUUCACAGCUCGCUAUAUCUGUUGUCCUGAACUCCGUAUCAACGGGGAUGGAUAUGGCCGGCCUCUGCCCGAAGUAUAUCAACAUUGUCCGAGGAAGUUAUAUCAUGGCGAUCAUCGGCAUUGCAUGCCAGCCUUGGCAGCUGGUCAGUACGGCUGAUAGAUUUCUCAAAGUCCUCUCAGGUUUUGGCGUAUUUAUGGCACCAGCAACCGGAGUUAUGCUAGCCGACUAUCAUGCCAUUCGCAAAGCUAAGUUGAAGUUGAACGACCUUUACACCGGUAAUAGUUCUUCUAUCUAUUGGUUCAACAAGGGUGUGAAUUGGCGUGCUAUCGUGGCCUUCCUUGCGGGAGUCUGGCCUCUUCUACCUGGUCUCGUUGGAACGGUGAACGAUAUCACAGACCCAAACUUUGUCGGCUGGAUUCGUCUAUACAAUUUGACCUUCAUCAUCGGUCUUGUAAUUAGCUUCUCGGUUUUUUGGACUCUGAACUUUUUCUUUCCACCCCCAGGUCUUGGGGAGGAAGCUCCUUUCGUGGGCGAUGGUGUAUUGUAUGGUGUAGGCGAAGAAGCUUCUGUGAAUAGCCAGAAAGAACUCGAGAAUGAUACUGACAAACAUGCCGCAGUGGCGAGCUUGUCUACCUGA